AUGUCGAAUCUCGGAGCUCUCACAACGGCUUACCAGCCUGAUCGUACUGACUGUCAGUCGAUACAUUUAGGAAGCACUACAGACGGAGAAUUUUUACAACAAGGAACCAUUAGCGGCUGUCUUCCUUCAAAUUUCCAGCCCGAAAACAACUACUAUUAUUCUCCGGGUGUCUGUCCACAAGGGUAUACCUACGCUUGUACAGCGGACGUAGUAUCUAGAACGCCAGAUGCUACUGCUGCUACAUGCUGUCCCGGAAAUAGCAACUUCGUCUGUCGCCCACGCGUGGCUGGUGACCCCAAUGCUUGCGAGUCGACUUUGACGUCCGCUGCUUUAUUUGCUGUGGAUGUGUUUACGUACAUUUCUCAUACGCCUUCGAAGAUCGGUACGACUAACGUCUUUUACGAUGCCGGCGCAGUAGUUCUUGCUAAAGGACCCAUCGUAUGGAGAGCCGCAAAAGACGUUGAGUGGCCAAUAUCGACUAGUUUCAACCUUACUACCACUGGAAGUACGUCAGAAGCAGUAACGAGUAUGCCAAGCGCGACAGCUAGUAUGCCAAUUGCGACAAGCUCGCAGAAUCUUGAGCAUAGCGUUAUAUCCACACCAACAACCGAGGCUAGUUCCGACAUUCACGAGUCUAACAACCUCAGUAUCGGUGCCAAAGUAGGUAUCGGUCUCGGCGUUUCUCUUGGGGUACUCUUCUUCCUUGGAAUCACUGUGGUAGCAUAUAUAAUUGGCAAACGUAAAGGUCACAAUGCGGACAAAGGAUGUCAAGAUCCCCAGGCCCCGAAGUACGAACUUGAUGAACAGAGGAGAGUACUAGAGAUGGCCACUUACAGAGAGCCGGUGGAACUAAUGAGUUCACAUUCUUAG